AUGGCUAAAGUUUCAAGGAACAAAAGAAAGAUUUUGUUUACAAGAUGUGUAUCUAAAUAUUUUUUUAUCGAAAAGCGCAAAUUAUUGAAGCAGGCAGGCAGGCAGGCAGGCAGGCAGGCAGGCAGGCAGGCAGGCAGGCAGGCAGGCAGGCAGGCAGGCAGGCAGGCAGGCAGGCAGGCAGGCAGGCAGGCAGGCAGGCAGGCAGGCAGGCAGGCAGGCAGGCAGGCAGGCAGGCAGGCAGGCAGGCAGGCAGGCAGGCAGGCAGGCAGGCAGGCAGGCAGGCAGGCAGGCAGGCAGGCAGGCAGGCAGGCAGGCAGGCAGGCAGGCAGGCAGGCAGGCAGGCAGGCAGGCAGGCAGGCAGGCAGGCAGGCAGGCAGGCAGGCAGGCAUGGGAACAAAUAAAUGCUCGUGUACUGGUCUGCAAUUCUUCGUGUGUUAA